GCUUGAUUUUGAACAGAUUCUAACGAGUACCGAGCGAGAGCAGGUCCACAGACAAUGUGUAAAACACCUAGAAUCGUUGAGUGAGAACCAAGAACUACCACAAUACGCUCAAGAUCAUGCGAGAAAGCUGAAGAAAGAUCUAUCUGUAAAACGUGAAAAACGUCGCGUUACUGAGGAACAUGAUUUCAUGUUACUUAAACAAGUGCAACAAGAAAACGAUGAAGGAAUCGAUAUAAGACUGGGCAUACGAGAGAAGUUAAAGGAUACGGACAAAGAGCCACAGGUUAUUGACCGCCCGUCCGAAUAUUCCGAAAACUCACUGUGCUCUACAACUCUAAAACAGAAUAACGUUGAUGAAGAAUCGUUAGAAAAUGCCAUAUUACUAUUCAACGAAUCGAAUGAGGAAUCAAUAAUCGAAAAGGUUGAUAUAAAUUUAUUAAUGGAUGAGAUUCGAUUACCAGAUAUUAAUGAUAGAACUCCAGAGGAAUUCCUCGAUACAAAUUUGAUUGAAUCUUUUAGAAAAUAUCAAAAAAAAAUACCAAAAGCUCGCAAGAUCUUAACCCCUGCGUAUUGGGGAGUACUGGAUCUUACAAAAGAAAGUCUAAAAAAUUCUGGAAUACAGAAUGAGGAUAUUGAAAAAUUAUCCCGUGAUUUUUCCAAUAAAAUUGGAUGGAACAUUGAGGUCAUUAUUCCUAAUGAAGUUCGAAAAUAUUUCGACAAUAAUUGUGAGAAUAUUGAUAAAAAUGAGGCGGUUAAAAGGCUGGAUAUUAAUAUUCAGAAAGACAAGAUGUCGAAACUCCAAAAGGCAUGUACAGAGGAAGAGUUAAAGAUGUGGACUACAGUUCCGAUGAUUUCUAGCGUUUUCACUUCAAGAAAUAUCGAAACCACUUGGGGUGAAAUCCAAGCUAUUCCAACAACCAAGGCACGAAAUGAAACAAAGGAUCCUUUUUCGAGGGCAAAAAUCGGACAUAAAGUCGACAUGAAAGGUAUUUUGGUCAAAACGCCAAAUAAAUUCGAAAUAAUUUAUGGCGAAGUUUCUGGAGGGCUGGGUUCUUUCGGAUUACCUUCCUCCUGCAGUACCGAAUUAAAGAUAUAUGCAAUGGACUGGAUCGGUUCCGGGAUUUAUAGAUUCGGCAAACUAGAUGAAUGUUCUUUGCCUGUUGACGAAGAUGACUCUAAAAUAUUAGAAGAUGCGUAUUGUAUCUUAAACUUACUAGAAUCAAAAUUACUCGAAUCGGAAAAAACCAUAAAAGAUAUCAUACAAAGCAAUAUGAAAAACAAAAGAAGAUGCAUCGGGUCAGAGAAUAGUCCUCAUUUAAACAAGAAUCGAACUCCACAAUAG